CAAACCAAAAAGGAAAAAUCGACAAUCUCGUCGCUCGAAACUCGUGAAUUUUUGGAUUUUUUCAGCUUCUCCCCGGCCUAAUCGUUCACCGUCGCGAUCGCGCAGGCAUGAUAACGGGUGUAGUGAAGUGUGUAGUGCUGGACAGUUCCGUUUGAGAACCGUUUGAGAAGUAACUUUCUUUCGAUCCGGAAGUGCCGACUCCUCAAAUUACCGUAACUACCCGUAACUACCGCUUCAAGAUGUCUAGCACCAGAAAUCAGCCGAGUGCGGGUCAGCCUCCGAGCAUCGACGAGCUGUACCAGCAGCAAAACUUCUACAUCGGACUCGCCCUCGCCCUCUCCAGCAGUCUGUUUAUUGGAUCGAGUUUCAUCAUCAAGAAGAUUGGGCUGCUCCGGCUGUCGCGCGGCGGCUCGUCAGUUCGCGCCAGCGCCGGAGGUUUUGGGUACCUCCGCGACUGGAUCUGGUGGGCCGGGCUUAUCUGCAUGGGUGUUGGAGAGGCGGCGAACUUUGCAGCGUACGCGUUCGCUCCAGCUUCCCUCGUGACGCCGCUCGGAGCACUUAGCGUGAUCGUGGCGGCCGUACUGGCUUCCAGGUUUCUCAAAGAACGACUCAACCUGCUGGGGAAGCUGGGAUGCUUCCUAUGCAUGGUCGGUUCGACGAUCAUCGUUAUUCAUUCGCCGAAGGAAGGCGAAGUGGAGGAUCUGAAUCUGCUGAUGGAUAUGUUGCAGGAACCGACCUUCAUCACGUACGUGGUGAUCAUCCUGUCGCUUUCGCUCUUCAUCGGAUGCUGUUGUGGUCCGCGCUACGGCCACAAACACGUCAUCGUCUACAUUCUGCUCUGUUCGGCCAUCGGCAGUCUCACGGUGAUGUCGUGCAAGGCUCUAGGACUCGCCCUACGUGACACACUUUCCGGCAAAUCGAACGAUUUCGGCAUGUGGCUACCGUACUUCCUGAUCAUCGUAACGGUCGUCUUCGUUGGCAUUCAGGUGAACUAUCUCAACAAAGCGCUGGACAUCUUCAACACGAGCAUCGUCACACCGAUCUACUACGUCAUCUUCACCACGCUCGUGAUCAGCGCAUCGGCGAUACUGUUCAAGGAGUGGCGCCACAUGCGCGCCGAGGACAUCAUCGGUGAUCUGUGCGGCUUUUUCGUCGUUAUCGUCGCCGUCAUCCUGUUGAAUGCAUUCCGCGAAAUGGACAUCAGCCUAAGCGACGUGAAGGGCAUCAUGCGACCGAAGCGAGAACUACUCGGCCACAAGGGAUCAUCUUCCUACGAGGAUUAUCUCAACGAAAAUGAAGAACGGGGACCACUCAAGCAGCACUACGGGGGCACGAACUAUCUGAACGUGUAGCGAAUCAGGAACGGAUGGAUAAGGCACGGAUUUCCAUUUCGAAUCUGCGGGAGAAACCUUUCCUCCUUCUUCUUCUCCAUCUCCAGAAGGGUAUUGGGAGUUAGCUGACGGAAGUAUUUGAACGGCAGCAGUCGUGGUCGGUAUUCGAGCGUGAUUUGAGAUUAGCGAACAAGGAAGGUACAACGAGACCAAAACUAUGGAAAUUUAUUCUGUUGGAAAAUUAUACCUAUUUAAACAUUCAAAACGUG